UUGGUUUGGGUCCCGCUGCUUCCGCUCCGUGCGUCACACAUGGAGCCCAACAUGGCCCCUACAAGCCGGGCUGUUGUUGUGGUCGGGCUGACGGUGCUGUACCUGAGCCGGGCCAUCCUCUCCACGGAGUAUUUCUCCACUCUCACGCUCUUCAACAGCGAGCUCCACAAACAGGGCUGCAGCUCGCUGUCCGACUGGGAGGAAUACGCGCAGGACUGCGAGUCAUCCAUUUUGCAGCUGGAGGACCCAGACUGUGAGGAGGGCAGUAACCCACCCUGUGAAUCUAUCUUCUCCCUCAAUGCAGAGAAGAUCCUGAAUCAGGCCAAGCUGUUUAUAGAGCAGAAAAAAAUCCCCUUUCCUGUAGAAAACCAAAACAACAAUGAAGAACUGGCUAUCGGCUAUGUUCUCAUUGGUAACGGCCUCUUUGAUGAAGCCAUCAAGCACUUCUCCCUUUUAUUACAGGGUGACCCAGAGCUGGUCAGUGCUAUCUAUGGGAGAGGGAUAGCUUAUGGCAAGAAAAGUCUGCAGGAUAUAAAGAAUGCAGACUUGGCUUUGUACGAGCUCAACAGAGUCAUCACCCUGGAGCCCAACUGGCCUGAGGUGUACGAACAGAGGGCCGAGAUUCUGUCUCCUCUGGGCCGGAUCAGUGAGGCCCUGACAGAUUUGACCAAAGCCAUAUCUCUGCAGCCUUCAGCUCGUCUCUACAGACACAGAGGGACACUGCUCUUCAUAUCUGAGGAUUAUGUGGCAGCCAUGGAGGACUUCCAGCAGUCUCUAGAACUGAAGAAGAACCAGCCUAUCGCCAUGCUUUACAAAGGCCUAACAUUCUUCCACAGAGGGCUGCUCAAGGAAGCUAUUGAGACAUUUAAAGAGGCACUGAAGCUAAAGUCUGACUUUAUUGAUGCUUACAAGAGCCUUGGACAAGCUUAUAGAGAGCUGGGUGAUUUUGAGUCUGCGAUGGAGAGCUUUCAAAAAGCUCUUAUGUUGAACCAGAACCAUAUCCAGUCUUUGCAGCUUCGGGGAAUGAUGCUGUACCACCAUGGGUCGCUACAGGAGGCUAUAGGCAACUUCAAGAGAUGUCUGCAGCUGGAGCCAUACAAUGAAGUGUGCCAGUACAUGAAAGGCCUCAGCCAUGUGGCCAUGGGACAGUUUUACGAAGGCAUCAAAGCUCAGACCAAAGUGAUGCUCAACGACCCUCUCCUUGGACAGAAGGCCAGCUCCGAAUACCUCAAAGUCAAAUACCUCAGAGAAUACUCUCGCUACCUGCACUCUCACCUGGACAUCCCAGUGGCAGAGUACAAUGUAGACCAGGACUUACCAGGAAACUUUAAGAACCAUUGGGCCAAAAACCUGCCUUUUUUAAUAGAAGACUAUGAAGAGCAGCCAGGACUGCAGCCACACAUCAAAGAUGUAUUACCACAAAACUUUGACAGUUACAGCAAUGAAGUACAGAAGUUAAUAUGCACAGCCGACCAUCUGGGGGCACUAAUGCAAUAUGACACACCAGGUUUCCUACCAAACAAGAGAAUACACAGAGCCAUGGGUCUGGCAACACUAGAGGUCAUGCAGGCCAUGCACAGAACAUGGAGCAACUCAAAAGUACGGGUCAAUGGCAAAACUCGACAAAUGCAGUGGAGAGAUAUGUUUGACAUAUCUGUCAAGUGGAGGAGGAUCGCAGACCCGGACCAGCCAGUUUUGUGGUUAGACCAGAUGCCAGCCCGAAGUCUCAGCAGAGGUUUCAACAAUCACAUCAAUCUCAUCAGAGGGCAGAUAAUCAACAUCAGAUACUUGGCAUAUUUUGAUAAUAUCCUUGACUUCAUUAAAGACAGAAUACUGGUUUAUCAUGGUGCUUACAACCCCAGAGGGCUCCAGGAUGUUCGGCACGCUCUUGAAAAUGUCAAUAAAGUAGAAGAUUUACUUCCUAUAAUGAAGCAGUUUAACAGUAAAACUAGAGAUGGCUUUACAGUCAACUCCAAAGUGCCAAGUCUGAAGGAUCCUGGGAAAGAAUACGAUGGGUUUACUAUCACUAUUACAGGAGACAGAGUGGGGAACAUGUUAUUCUCAGUGGAGACGCAGACCACAGAGGAGCGGACACAGCAGUACCAGUCUGAAAUCGAGUCCAUUUACAAAGACCUGACGGCCAAAGGGAAAACCCUCAUGUUGUCUACUGAGCUGGGGGAUGCAGAUGCUGUAUGUAACCUCAUCCUGUCGUUGGUGUAUUACUUCUGUAAUCUCAUGCCCCUCUCCAGAGGCUCCAGUGUGGUUGCCUACUCUGUAGUGAUGGGGGCGCUCAUGGCCAGUGGCAAAGAGGUCACAGGAAAGAUCCCCAAAGGAAAGCUUGUGGACUUUGAGGCCAUGACCACAUCAAAUCCAGGCAGCUUCAGUAAAACAGCAAAAAUGUGGAUGAACCUCAAAAGUUUGCCCAGCUGGUACCAGAGUCUUCCAUCAGUAGCAGAGACCUUCCCUUCAACCCGAACUAUGAUCGAAGUCCUCAACACAGACUCGUCCUCACACUGUCCAAAGAAAUCUUAAUACAACAGUACAAACUGUACAAGUCUCAAAAGCAGCCCAUGACAAAACACUGGACUAAAUGGAUCUGCUCCUCCUGUAACCCCAACUAACUCAGUAUUUUUAUUUAAUGUGAUGGCCUACAGUAUCAGAAUCAGUUUUAUUACCAUUGUCAUCUAACAAAAUUCAGAAACUACGAACUUGUUUGCACUAUUGCAUCAAGUAAGACUCACAAGUCACAUCAUUAUCCACAACACAUUUACAUGCUACAUUUAUUGCUCCAAGCACAAACUUAAACUUACUUUUUAUUUUAUAUCAGUGGUCAAACUAUUUCAAGCAAGAGAACAUAAUUAUUAUUUUUUUAUUUCUACUGAACUAAUUUAAUAAUUGAAAUGUUCAUUAAAAUGACCACACAGUUAACAAAAUAUCUUAAUAGUGUUAAUAUUGCAUAAUAUUCAACAAUUAAAUACAAUAUAUUAGUUAACCAGCAGAAUUCCCUGUGGCCCAGUAUUUUAAAUGUGAUUGUUGGUGACUUUUUUUUUUAUUCAUUUUUUUCAAUACAAGAAUGUCUUCCAUAAAGUUAUAGAGCACAAUGUAUUCAUAAAAAUCCAGUGUAAUAGAUGCUAUUUCAGAGCUGGUAGUUUGGGAUACAGGAGGGAGCAUGUCCAGCCCUCUCACCUCUGCGCUGUAUCAAAAGCACAACCUCAAAAAAACCUUUUCAUUUUAGAUGUCUGUAGUAUCUUUAUUUAAGACUUGAGUUUAAAAAGUCACCCAUAAAUGAUUCAGACUGGGUGAUAGUUGUUUUCAUUUUGCGUUUGUGGUUGUUUUCGGACCACAGAUGUUUAAACCGCUUUAUGGCUGGUCAGUUUUGGAGAGGAGAGGGGAUUAAACGUCCUACAGGGCUCUUCCACUUCAGAUACUUGAAGCAUUUUGUUUAGUUUUUUAAAGGUUGUGUCACUCAUUGUCUUGAAUUGGACGUUUGUGUUUAGUUUUGCUUGGAUAUGAACAGGAAAAGGGACAACAGGAUUUUGACCCCAAGUAAAAAAAAAAAAUCUCUACUUUAUUUAAUAAAUUUUUUUAGAUACAUUUCAAUGACAUAAAAAGGGCUUAUUCUUUAUUUUAUUGAUCAUUGUAUGUCUGCAAUCUACAUGACCAUUUCAACCUCAAUUUCUAAAACAUUUGAAUCAUUUUUAUUUGUCCAAAAUCUACAUUUUUAUUCAGGUUUUACAUUUACCAUCAAAUUUUGUCAGAUCUGAUCUAUAAUUUAUUUUUUCUGUGGCCACUUGGGUUGUCUGAUUUUGAGUUGGAGGUGUUUUGGGAUGUGACAUGCAUAAUAUGUUAUGUAUUAUCGCAUCUCCUUCCAAGAGAAAUUUUUAUGAGUGAUGAAUGAACAAAUGUCAUGUUUAGUCAAUAAACAAAUUGACCUCUA